UUGUACUUGUAUAAACUAUAAAGAAAGAAGAUGGAUGUUGUCAACUUGUCAUCAAACACCCCCUCCAGAUUCCAUUGACUCUAAUAAAUCCUAUACAAAUGGAAGAAGAUUCAGUGAAAAAUUACUGCAAUAACAUAUCUUCCACAACCUAAUGUCUAGUACCCUCCAUCAAUUAUCAGCCAUUUGACUCCAAGUAUCAACAAAAAGUCAAGUUAUUGACUGCAAUGCAUGUGUUAGCUUCAGUUUCUUAAAAUGGAACUGUUAACAAAAAGCUUUGAAUUUACACCCCGAAAGAAGAAAUGGUUGAUUUUACUUGCUAUUUGUGGUUUUUCUACAUAUGGGAUUUAUAACUUGCCCUCUGUUUCAAGAAAAAGAAAGAGAUUGGUUAAACUAUUUGCAGGCCUAAUUGCAAUUGUGGAUAUAUUAUCUGAUUCUUCAGAGAUCCUGGUUGUGGUUUCUAGAGACUUGAAGGAGUUUCUAGCAUCAGAUUGCAACAAGAUUCCCAAUAGUCUUAACCAAUUGUCGAAAAUCGCGGUCUCAGACGAGUUUUCCAAGUCAUUAACUGGUGUCUUUGAGGCUGCAACACUUGGAGUUGUUCAGGGUUGUUAUGAGGAACAGAAAGGUGAGAAUUCGAAUGCGAGUUUUAAACAGCGUGUGAUUGAUAGACUGAUGUCUGAAUCUGGAACCGGAUUCGUUUCUCUUGUUGUUGGCAGCAUUGCUCGAAAUCUAGUGUUGGGGUUGGGGCUUGACUCGAUUGGAAGUUAUGAGUCCGGUUUGAAGUUGAAUUUGUCAACUGAUUUGCCUGAGUUGGUUGAUGUUUUAUGUACAGAUAAGUCGAAAAUGAUGGUGGGUGAUUUGAUUAAGACAGUUGUGAGCACCGCGGUUGCUGUGUAUCUUGAUAGACCGACAAGUGUGAAUGUUUAUGAUGGAAUGUUUUCUAGGAUAACUGAUCCUAAUCAUCAAAAACAUGUUAAGGAUAUUGUGGUGUAUGUUUUCAAAGGAGCUGUUGAAACUUUGGUCAAAACUUCUCAUCAGGUUCUAACAUCAUGAUUGUUGUAUUGAUAUGUCUAAUAUACACACACACAUAUCAGAUGUCAGAUUUUGAAUGUUGAUUCAUGUAUACAUAUUGUGAUCCAUGUAGUUACCAUACAUGUUAAUCAGAUUUUGAUCCACAGUCAGAACUAGUUUAAUGUUUAUAUGGCAUAUGAGUAUAUGGAUCUUGUUUACUAUGUGUUA